UACCUUUGUAAUGGCUGCCUUUUUUAAUUUAUAAAUGUGUACAAUCGAUCCGAAAUGAGGAACUAGUUCGUUUUAUGGCAACGCGCGCCGUCAGGAAUUGUUUUGUUGUUGGACAGACAUGGAGACUCACGUUCCCCAUGUGAAUAAAGAGGAAAACGAAGAUCCAGGAGCUGCUCCUUAUGGAAACUUCAUCAAUUAUUACACCUUCAACCCGCCAGAGAAUCGCCUGAGUCUGAUACCAGAAACUCUGCUGGAAGACAUCGAACUCGGCUCUGAACGCGGUUUAAUACUGGACGUGGGAUGCAAUUCAGGGGACUUGUCUGUUGCUCUCUACAAGCAUUUAUUGCAUGAGGAGGCCUCUGGAAGUGACUUUUCUAAAAGAGAAGUGUAUCUGCUUGGAUUUGACAUGGACCAGGAUUUAAUCCUUCGCGCGCAAAACUCCAACCCCUUUCCCCAGAAUAUCCAGUUUGUCCCCCUGGAUAUCACAGAUGAUCCAGGGAGCCGGACAGUGCUAGAGUCCUACUUGGGAGGGUUUGGCUGCCCCCGUUUCCACCUGUGCACCUGUUUUGCGGUGACUAUGUGGGUGCAUCUGAAUCACGGAGACGCAGCGUUUCUGUCUCUCCUCUCCAGACUGGCGUCUCUCUGUGAGUUCCUGCUGCUGGAGGCACAGCCGUGGAAGUGUUACCGCUCCGCUGCGCGCCGGUUACGCAAACUGGGGCGCAGUGACUUUGACCACUUCAAGACCCUUGAGAUUCGAGGGGACACGGCUGCGCAUGCUAGAGAGCACUUGGAAAAGCAGUGCAGCAUGGAUCUGGUGCAGAGUUUCGGCAAUACAACAUGGGACAGAAGUCUUCUGCUCUUUAAAAGACGAUGAUUUGGA